UUUUGGGAGUCAGAUUGUAAAUAUUACUAGGGAAGAAAAGCAAAUACAUCCACAAAUUCGGUGGCCUUAAUAUGGUUCACACAUGCGUAGUGGCCGGUUGUCGGAACAGGAGGACUCCUGGGACCACACUGUCCUUCUACAGGUUUCCUCGCGACCCGGAGCGGAAGCAGCGCUGGAUCUCUGCCGUGAAUCGUGAAGGCUGGGUGCCAAACGAGGGCAGUAGACUCUGCAGCACACACUUUAUCUCGGGAAAACAAGUAAAAAAUCCUAGAUCCCCAGACUAUGUUCCUUCUGUUUUCACUUCAGCGCCACUGUCACCAAAUAUGAAGGAAGCAAGUUCCUGUGAAAUGUAUGAUAAACAAGAGGCACAAGUGGAGGCAGCCAAUGCUUUGCUCUUCUUGCAAGGACAAGGACGUUUCUUGGAGGACCAUGGCCAGACUAGGAGUCAAGAAGAGCCAGAAAGUGUUUCUUCUUCAUUAAGCAGCUGUGAUGAAGAGGAUGAUAAGACUGAAGAUGAUGUAGAAGAAGGAAUCUCACUGACAAGUGUAAACCAAAUGGGAAGCCCAGUCAAAAACAUUCCCCCUGACUAUGAGUCCAGUCUUGAGGCUCUUAAGAAAGAGAACAUGGAGCUGAGGGAAUCGAUAGAAAAGAUGUCUCUCACUGAGGCGUCAUUCAGAAAUGAUCCAGAAAAGGUUCGCUUCUAUACGGGACUGCCGAACUACUUUGUGUUUGAGACGGUCAUGUUGCUUCUCAUUCCACAUAUGAAAGGAGACAAAAAUGCAAAACUUUCAAAAUUCCAGCAACUGCUCUUGACAUUAAUGCGACUCAGGCUUGAUCUUAAAAACCAAGACUUGGCCUAUCGUUUUGGGGUCAAGGUGGCCACCGUGACCAGGACUGUCCAUCGGAUUAUUAAUAUAAUGUUCACCACCCUCGUGCCCACUGCUGUUUUUUGGCCAUCCAGAGCGGAGCUCAGAAAAAACCUACCUGCAGCUUUACGUUGCACCUACCCAGACUGUGCAGUGAUCAUUGACUGCUUUAGGGUAUCUCUGGAAAAAGCUCUCAGUGUGGAUGUGAAUCAAGAGGUUGCAUCUACAGCACUGACUGUGCCAGCUCAUGCCAUGGUGAAUGAGCUUAAAUAUGUGAUAGGUGUUGCUCCUCAAGGUGUUGUCAUGUUUGUCUCGAGGGGAUCACCGGGUCACGUCAGUGACAAAAAUCUUGUUGAAAGUUCAGGCCUCCUUUGUAAGGUAUUGCCCGGUGAUGUUGUGUUGGCUGAGCAUAACUUUGACAUUGAGGAAUUGGUGGGGGCUCGCAAAGCCGAACUCAAAAUCACUAGUAGAAAUUGCUAUGAAAAUUGCCAGAGUGGACAGGAUGGAGAAAAUUUCUUAAUGGUUGGCACACUUUCAGAUAUAGCGAAUGUUCACAGGCAUGUUGGGAAGGUAAUAGACAUGGUCAAGAGGAGAUACUCUAUGUUGACUGGACCAGUUGAGAGUCCCUUUACGGUCAUAGACCGCACUUCCAAUGUGAGCACUUUUGAUAAGAUAGUGCAGGUUGCUUGUGCCUUGAAUAACCUGUGUAUUUCUGCUGCACCCCUGGAAUGA